UCUGGAACGAAACCUCAGUGGUGUCCUUCACUCUUACAAAGCUCGUUUUCCUUUCUCAGUCCGUACGUGGUUAAUUAUACAAGGACAAAUACUCGUAUACGUACACAGUAGUAUAGCAAUAAGGUACUGUUGCUUAGCCAUAGAAUUCGUCAUCUUCAUAAGCUUUUUCAGUCAUAGGGAAACAUGAAAGAAAUUUCGUUCAUUUCAAAGCAAACAAAAAGUUGAAAAAUGGAUUCUGGUUCAAAUGGAGAGGAGCCCACUUCAUGGGAAGAGCUUUACAAUAUCAAUUUGAUUCCAUCUGAGUUGUUUCUCAAGUUUAGAAAGGAGAUUGAGGGGAUUCGCGUUGGUGUCAAUUUAGAGUUCUAUAAUGCUCCAAUCAAUGAAUUCCAAGGCAAGAUUGUUCUAAAACCUUUGUCCCCUGAGCGGAGGUGGAAAUUCAUAUAUGAGCCAAUACAUCAGGAUGUACGCAUUCUUUCAAAGAAGAUUCCUGUUACCAAGUUUCUAAAUCUCCAGGUCGGCGUAGGCCAUAAUUUUCAGUUGCAUGCUACUGGUUGGAAAUGGAAGCUUACAACUUGUUUAGGUGGAGAUGGCAUAUCUCGGAUUCAGAAUAAGACGUCACUCGGGUUGUUCCCUGGCAUGGAUUUGCGGUUUGGGUGGAGGGCAGAUUAUGUUCUUCCAGAAAUUACUGGGGCUUUGGGCGCUGAUGAGCCAUUGUUCAACAUGAACUCGGGAAGGCUGCAAGCAUCAUUAGAUAGAGUUGAGGCCAUUCUAACCCAUCCAUCAUGAUUUGUGUCAGAAAAAAAGGGAUUCAUGAGGAGUGGCUCGCACAAAGGUGUUAGGGAAAUAUGAUGAGGCGGCCUAUAUAUUGGUGUUAGGGACCCACGAUCGGUUGACCCACAAACAAAAGGAUCAUUGGUUUAGUUGUGGUUUUGCUUUAAGAACAUGUUCACGGUGGAGGAUGGUUUCUGAUUUAGGAUGUUCUACCCUAAAAACAUUAUGUACCACAUGUUCAUGAUGGAACAUAGUUUCUGAUGAUUAAAGUUUGAACUUGAGGACAAGUUCUUUCCAAAUGGAGGAGAUUGAUGCAUGAGCUUAUUGGAAAAAAUAAAUAUUUGCGUGGUUAGUUAUAUUUCUUCCUUUUCAAUUUAUGAUUUUUUUUUCUAUUUAGUAUUAUUAUGCUUUUAUUGUUUUCUAUUUAAUGGAAAUAGUUUUCCUCUUUUAUUUUUUUAUUUGGUAUUUUUAGGGUUUUCUAGUUUCUUUUACACUAAAGAUUGUAAUAGCCUUUUGACAAUGAGACUUGGAUGAAUAAAAAUUGAAUAUUUUAUGUGUCCCUCUA